GAUUCUAGCAACUGCUGGGACUGAUUUUGACCUGCGGACCCUACGAGCCGUCCGAGUGUUACGACCCCUGAAGCUUGUGUCGGGAAUCCCAAGCUUGCAGGUUGUCCUCAAGUCCAUCAUGAAGGCGAUGGUGCCCUUGCUUCAGAUCGGGCUGCUCCUCUUCUUCGCCAUCGUGAUGUUUGCCAUCAUCGGGCUGGAGUUUUACAUGGGGAAGUUUCACAAAACCUGCUUCUCUAAUGAGACAGGUGAUGAGGUGGGAGAUUUUCCUUGCGGAGAGGAGCCUCCUGCCAGGCAGUGUGAGAGUGGGACCACCUGCAGGGAGUACUGGCAAGGGCCCAACUACGGCAUCACCAACUUUGACAACAUCCUCUUUGCUGUGCUCACCGUCUUCCAGUGCAUCACCAUGGAGGGAUGGACCGACAUCCUCUACAAU